AUGAGUGAUAUUAAAUCCAUGAAUACGGAAAAUAAAAUUAUUUCAUAUUCAUCCAACCUCGAAGAAGUCUAUGAAGAAUUUAAACAUGACAUUAUGACUCAAGCAUCAGAAUUCCAAACGAAAGACUCAAAUUGGAGUUUACAGGAAAUAAUGUUUUUAGAUGUAAACAUAAAUCGAUUUAAUAAUAUUGCUGCUUCUUCAUACAUAAAACUCCCUAUAUCAAUAAAUAAUAAAAAUGCCGUCAUAAAUAUUGAAAAUCAAGAUAACGCCUGUUUUGCUUGGUCCAUAAAUGCAGCAAUUUUUCCUGCGGAGGGUGACCCCAAAAACCCAUCAUCAUACCCGCACUACGAUACUCUGUUAGAUUUUCAAGGUAUUGAUUUUCCAGUAAAACUAAAAGACAUAAAAAAAUUCGAGAAUAUGAAUAACAUUUCAGUAAACGUAUUUGGAAUAGAGCCUUAUUACAAAGAUUGUAAGAACAUAUAUGAAAUUGUGGGACCACUACAUUUUACUUCACAGCGACAAUCAACACACGUUAAUUUAUUGCUUGUAUCAGAUACAGAUGGAAACAAUCACUACUGCCUUAUUACCGACUUGUCCCGACUUGUUAGAAGCCAGAAAACAAAGCAUACUGAAAAAAUACAUAUUUGUGAUGGUUGUUUACAAUCUUUUACAACUAUAAACAAGUUAAAAGCUCAUGAAGAACAUGAUUGUACACAUGUAUACACAGAACUUCCAACAACAGAAAUAAAAAAAAAUAAGUGUGGCCAAUACAAACCAGAAAAUAUUUUAACAUUCACUAACUUUGAAAAACAAUUACAAGUGCCGUUUGUAAUUUAUGCAGACUUUGAAUCUUUGUUAAAACCAGUAGACAAUUGUGAAAAUUUUAAUGGUAAUUCAUUUAGUGUUAAAGUCUGUGAACACGAACCAUAUUCUUUUGCAUUCUACCUUAAAUGUAAUUAUGAUGACAAUUUAUCCAAACUUGAAAUGUAUACAGGAACAAAUGCUGCAAAAGUGUUUAUACAAAAACUUGAUGAAAUCGUCCAUGACUUGUAUAAUAACCAUUUGAAGCAUGUUAAGGUUAUGCAACCACUUACACAAGAAGAACAGGAUGCAUAUGAUACAGCGACCAUCUGUCACAUCUGUGAAAAACCUUUCAAUUCGACCAACAAAAAAGUUCGUGACCAUUGCCACCUAUCGGGGAUAUAUAGAAAUGCAGCACAUAAUUCCUGCAAUUUAAACUAUAAACAACCAAAUUUUAUUCCGGUGUUUUUUCAUAAUCUCACAAACUAUGAUAGUCAUUUAUUUAUCAAGGAAUUGACAACUAAAAAGGAAUCCGUAUCAGCAAUCGCUCAAACAAAGGAAAAAUACAUUUCUUUUUCAAAGUCUAUUUUGGUUAACAAAUCUAACAAUCCUAAGGUUCGGGAUACAUUUAUAAAACUUCGAUUUGUUGAUUCGUUUCGAUUUUUAGCAAAAUCGCUGGAUAAACUUAGUGAGACUUUAGAAUCCAACCAAUGUAAUGAAGUUAGAAAAUAUUUCCCAAAUGACCAGCAAUUUAAUUUAAUGAGAUGCAAAGGAGUUUUUCCUUAUUCAUAUGUAAAUUCAUUUCAAAAAUUAAAUGAAGAAAAACUACCAUUAAAAGAUAAUUUUUUUAAUAUUUUGAAGGGUGAAUCAAUUUCUGAUAUGGAUUAUGAUAAGGCAAAAGAAAUAUGGGAUAUUUUUAAUUGUAAAACUCUCAAUGAUUACGCAAUGCUAUACUUAAAAACGGAUGUGCUUUUAUUAGCAGAUGUGUUUGAAAAUUUUAGAAAAGUGUCAAUGAAAGAAUAUAAACUCGAUCCUGCGCAAUAUUUGACAGCACCUUCUUUGAGUUGGGAUGCAAUGUUGAAAUAUACUCAAAUUGAAUUAGAAUUACUAACAGAUAUUGACAUGCUACAUUUUUUUAAUAAAGGAAUUAGAGGAGGUGUAGCUCAAUGUAGUAAAAGAAAAGCUGAAGCUAAUAAUACAUUUUUACCAAAUUUUGAUCCUUUGAAACCCGAAAGUUAUAUAAUGUAUCUGGAUGCUACUAACUUAUACGGAGCCGCCAUGAGUGAACCCCUUCCAUAUGGUAAUUUUAAAUGGAUAGAUACAAAUUUUGACUAUAAUUCAGUGGAAAAUGAUUCUUCCAAAGGCUAUGUGUUGGAAGUAGAUUUAGAAUAUCCACCAAAUUUGCAUGAUACCCACAACGAUCUUCCUUUUUGCCCUGAGAAUAUAACACCUCCAAAAAGUAAAUACCCAAAACUGAUUCCAAAUUUAUAUCAUAAAAAAAAGUAUAUUAUUCAUUACCGGAAUUUGAAACAGUGUCUUAAAUAUGGUUUAAAAUUAACAAAAAUUCAUAGAAUUUUAGAAUUUUCCCAAUCAGCAUGGUUAAAAAAGUAUAUUGACUUAAACACAAAUCUUCGAAAUAAAGCAAAAAAUGACUUCGAAAUGGAACUUUUUAAGCUGUUAGUCAAUGCAAUUUUCGGAAAAGCUUUGGAAAAUGUACAAAAGCGGAAAUGUAUUCAUUUAUCAAGCCAUUGGGAGAAUACUUGUAGGUCUCUAGGUGCGAGGUCAUUAAUAGCAAAACCACAGUUUAAAACAUGUUCCGUUUUCAAUGAAAAUUUGGUUGCUAUACAUUUAGGUAAUGUAAAAGUGUAUUACGAUAAGCCCAUAUAUAUAGGAUUUUCUGUGCUAGACAUUUCAAAAACCAUAAUAUAUGAAUUUUUUUAUGGGUAUAUCAAAAAAAUGUAUGGUGAUGCUGUAAAAUUGUGUUAUACUGAUACCGAUUCACUAAUUCUAGAAGUGUUUACCAAAAACUUUUAUGAAGAUAUAAAACAAAACAUAGUUUAUUUUGACACUUCUAACUAUCCUGAAUCUAAUGAAUAUGGAAUCCCUAAAACAAAAUCAGUUGUUGGGAAAAUGAAAGAUGAAUUUUGUGGCACUCCAAUACAAGCAUUUUAUGGAACAGGUGCUAAGGCUUACUGCAUAAAACUAGGCAAGACAUUUAAGAAUACAACUGAAAUAAAAAAAGCUAAAGGUGUUUCGAGAAAUGUAAUAAAAAAUCAACUUCAGGUAUCUGACUACAUUCGAAUUAUUGAAAAUGGUGAUAUGAUAUAUAGAAAGAUGUAUGUUUUUAUAUCAUCACUACAUACCAUCUACACUGAACUUAAAAAUAAGGUUGCACUUUCAGCUAAAGAUGAUAAACGGUAUGUCAUACCACACGAUGUAAAUACUUUAGCAUGGGGGCAUCUACUUACCAAUCAUAGGAUGAUAACUGGAACCAUUGAUGAAUUGAUACAAAAUAUGCAAGAACUAAUAGAUUUAGAUAAUUUGUAA